AUGGUGAGGGGAAAGACAGAGAUGAAGAGGAUAGAGAACGCAACGAGCAGGCAAGUGACUUUUUCUAAGAGAAGAAAUGGACUAUUGAAGAAAGCCUUUGAAUUAUCAGUUCUUUGUGAUGCUGAAGUUGCCCUAAUCAUCUUCUCUCCUAGAGGCAAACUUUAUGAGUUCUCUAGCUCCUCCAGGUAA